AAAGGUCUACAGGUGAUGGAGUGGAGUUGAAGUGCAUCAUGGUUGCCUUAGUGGCCACUUCAGGGUGGUCUUUCUUUGAGGUGAGAGGAGCCAGGAUGCCCCAGGAUGGAAGAUGACCUGGUUCUACACAAGAAAGACAAGAACUCUUGUCCUCUGGGGAUGACAGGCUCACAGUGGGACGCAGGCAAGAAACCAGCAAGGAAUUGGAAUGCACAAUAUGCCAAGAGGCAGCCAGUAAAUGAUUCUCAUCAUUGAUGUUUCUGUCUUUCUCUCCUCUGAAAUCGAUCAAAAAAAAGAAAGAAAGAAAGAAAGAAAGACGGUUAUCCAAAUCUAAGUAGUGACCAUCGAAUGGCGAUUCUAGAGGAUCCCCUGGAAUUGCUUAGAGCAAGCAUGUCAAGUGCGGCGCGCAACGAAUAUUUUGGGGGCCCAGCCAAUAUAACAGCGCACCAUUUUCCUCCACUAAUACUCGCAGCGAAUAUUUUAGCAGCCGAAGGCCACAUCAUUAGUCUUGGACUGACUUUUUUGGUGUGCGCCACAGGAAAUAUUUCGCUCUUGGUAAACAAGAAAAAUAGGUUUAUUUGCGUUACGCUUAUUAAUUUGUGCAGUUAUCCAGUGUCUGGUAAGUGAAUGUUUAAGAAAAAAUGUUAAUUUUUAUUAAAAUGUUCUAUCAUUUUAUGUUAACAGUCAUUCAUUCAUUUCAGCCCUUUGUAUUCAGCAUGUCUCUAUCGGAAUAAACCUACGUUUCAAAGAAAACUGAAGCUUUUGUUUUUUUGCGGCCACAUCCACUUGCACCUUGUUUAUUUGGCCCGUGUUGGCCUGUGCGUGUGACAGGCUUGGCUUGAGACUCCGGCUGAUGGUGAAGACGGAAGAGGCUGCAGAAUGAGUCCUGAUGGUGCCAGGACGUCGUCCGAGGGAUUUAUCAUGAACCAGCUGUUCACAAGCGGGAGAGGAUCCCCCACGCUGAGGCCAGAUGCGCAGGCAGUUUCCAGAAGCUUCCCAUGGCUCUUGCAGCUCCGCACACAGCCCUGCUGUGAGAAUGUCCCGGGGCUCAGUGAUGCGUGCAGCCUCAUGUGAGGCGUCGCCUCCGGGGCAGGGCCAGGCGGGCUUGCCUGUCAGACCUGCUCGCCUGCUGCUGUUCAGCCCAGACCGCCCCAGCGCCCCAGCGUCCCUUCUGCAGGACCAGGAAGCGCAGCAUGGAGCCGGUCCGGUCCCGCGGAGAGCAGUCUCUGGGACCUGAACUUUGAGUUUUGGAGCAAGUCACAUGGCGUGAAGUCUCGUCAGAUGCCCUGGGCACUGGUUUGGCAGGCUCUUCCUGCCCAGCCCUGCCCGCGGCCGGGAACCCGCAGAGGAACCUGAGCCUGCAGCCGGGAGGGGACACGGGCCCACUGCACGCCAGCAGCUCCUGCGCGGCCGGGUGUGCGCGUCUCGGUCCGGCCAUGGCGGAGCUGCACCGCACGCACUCCUCGCUGGCAGCCCUGGACGAGGAGACGCUGUGGGAGAUGACGGAGAGCCACCGCCACAGGAUCGUGCGCAGCAUCUGCCCCAGCCGCCUCACCCCCUACCUGCGCCAGGCCAAGGUGCUGGGCCAGCUGGACGAGGAGGAGGUGCUGCACAGCCCCCGGUUCACCAACUCGGCCAUGAGAGUGGGACACCUGCUGGACUUGCUGAGGGCACGCGGGAAGAACGGGGCGCUCGCCUUCCUGGAGAGCCUGAAGUUCCACAACCCCGACGUCUACACCCUGGUCACCGGGCUGCAGCCCGACGUGGACUUCAGCACCUUCAGUGGGCUCAUGGAGACGUCCAAGCUGACCGCAUGCCUGGCCGGGGCCAUCGGCAGCCUGCAGGAGGAGCUGAGCCAGGAGAAGGGGCAGAGGGAGGCGCUGGCGCAGCAAUGCCGGCGGCUGCAGGAGCGCCUGGGCCAGGCCGAGGCCCGGGCCGAGGGCCUGCAGCAGCUGGAGGCCGACCACGGCCGCAUGAAGCGCGAGGUCAGCGCCCACUUCCACGAGGUGCUGAAGCUGAAGGACGAGAUGCUCAACCUCUCGCUGCACUACAGCAACGCGCUGCAGGAGAAGGAGCUGGCCAGCACGCGCUGCCGCGGCCUGCAGGAGGAGCUCUACCUGACGAAGCAGGAGCUGCAGCGCCAGAUGCUAUCUGCCUCCUGCGAGCGGGCGUUCCGAGAGCGGUCCCUACAGAUGGCGGACGGCCUGGAGCCCGGAGCGGAGGAGCUGAGCCGCUUGAAGGAGGAGAACGAGAAGCUCCGCUCCCUGACGUUCAGCCUGGCGGAGAAGGACAUCCUGGAGCAGAGCCUGGACGAGGCCCUGGAGAGCAAGCAGGAGAUGGUGGACCGCAUCCACUCGCUGAGGGCGCGGGCCGUGGCCGCCGAGCGGCAGCGGAAGCAGUUCUGGGAAGAGAAGGAGCAGACCCUGCUGCAGUUCCAGAAGACCAGGGUGGACUGCGAGAUCUACAGGGAGAAGGUGACCGCCCUGCAGGGCCAGGUGGCCGAGCUGCAGAAGGAGCGGGACCAGGCCUACGCGGCCCGAGACGCCGCCCAGGUGGAGAUUGCCCAAAGCCUGGCGGAGAAGGAUGCACUCCGCCGGAAGGUGUUCGAGCUCACGGACCAGGGCUGCGACCUGCGCCAGCAGCUCCGCCAGCUGCAGGCCGAGUCGGCACAAGGGCCCAAGCAGGAGGCGGGGCCGAGGGAGCCCUGGCGGAGGGGGAAGCAGCGGCUGGUGCGCAUGUUCGCCAUCUGCCCGCGGGACGACGGUGACGGCAGCUGCCUCAGCUCCUCCGAGCUCUGGUCGGACCUGAGCGCCACGCCCAGCCGCGAGCUCGUGGACAGCUUCCGCUCCAGCAGCCCCGUGCCCCCCAGCCAGCUGUCCCUGUACAAGCGAGCCACCGAGGAAUUCCGGGAGGAUGCUUGGUCCUUCAGUGGCUUCUCAGAAAUCCUGGAGGGGGACUGGGGAGGCUGCCCGGGAGCGAAGGCGAGUGACGUCGACCUGGAUUACGAGAUUGUAGACAGAGCAGACCUGCUGGAGUCUGAGAGCGGCCCACAGCUGGUCUCCAGGGGCCUCUGCGUCUCAGCCAGCAGCGUCCCCGUGCGGCGGCGGCCGGCCCGGAAGCUCCCGAGCCAGGUCACGGUGCUGGCCUUCCAGGGGGACGCGCUGCUGGAGCAGAUGAGCAUCAUCGGCGGGAACCUCACGGGCAUCUUCAUCCACCGCGUCACCCCUGGCUCGGCGGCCGACGAGAUGGCCUUGCGCCCAGGCACCCAGAUCGUCACGGUGGACUGCGAGGCCACGGAGCCCUUCUUCAAGGCCGUCCUGCAGGGCGUGACCCUGGAGCAGGCUGUGGGUCUUCUCCGCAGGGUGGACGGCUUCUGCUGCCUGUCUGUGAAGGUCAACACGGAGGGUUAUAAGAAGCUGGUCCAGGACCUGGAGGCCAAAGUGGCCACCUCAGGGGACUCCUUCUACAUCCGGGUCAACCUGGCCCUGGAGGGGCGGGCAGAGGGGGAGCUGCCCGUGCACUGCGGCGACAUCCUGCACGUCACCGACACCAUGUUCCAGGGCCGUGGCUGCUGGCACGCCCACCGCGUGGGCCCCUACAGCACCAGGGACACGGAGGGCGGCACCAUCCCCACCUACGCACAGGCACAGCAGCUGCUCAUCGCCCUCCUGCAGGACCUGGCGCAGCAGAGCAGCUCCGCCCGUAAGCCGUCUUCUGGAGGCCCCCAGAGGUUGGUGCGCGUCGUCACUGUGGACAGAACCAAGGCCAACGCCCUGUUUUCUUCCUUUGAUCAGGCCCAGCCAGACCCCAGCCGGCUGGGAGAUGCCUCCCCCAGGGGCUUCUGGGCCGAGAGCUGCGUCACCCUGGCGCCCUACACGCGGGUGCACCCACGCAGGCCCAGCCGGCCCCGGCCUGUGCUCCUCGUGCCCGGCUUGGUCGGGAGGAUCCUGAGUGAGAAGCUCUGCCUGCUGCAAGGGUUUAAGACAUGCCCAGCAGAGUACUUGAGCCCGGAGGAGUACGAGGCCGCCAGCCGGAGGGGGGACAUUGUGCAGGAGAGGGAGGCCGCUGGCAGCCACUGCUGGGUGGCCCGCGCAGCCCUGGAGCGCCUCAUGGAGAAGAACACGCACGCCCUCCUGGACGUCCCGCUGGACAGCGUGCGCGCCCUGCACAGCAUGGAGAUCUUCCCCAUCGUCCUCCACGUCGCCAUCAAUGAGAAGGCGGCCAAGAGACUCCGGAAGGCCCUGCAGCGGCUGGGCGCCUCGGAGGAGCAGCUCCUGGCGGCCAGCAGGCAGGAGGAGGGCGAGCUGGACAGGGCGCCGCACCCCUGCUGCAGCCUGGCCCCCGAGGGCUGGGGCGACCUGGACACGCUGCUCAGCUGCGUCCGCUUCGCCAUCUCCGACGAGCAGAAGAAGGUGGUGUGGACAGAGCAGAGCCCCCCCUGACGGACGCUGUGUCCUCCCGGCUGGUGGACCCCACACCCUGUCCUGUGGGCUCAGCUUGGGGUGCUCACCGCACACCCCCCCUCGGGUCCCCUCAUGCAGUGUGACCACCACCCUCGCCACGUGCAGGC